GCAUCCAUCUCCCACACCUCCGCUUCUUCCUUUCUUCUCCGCCCACUCCACGUUUGUCAAACGGAGCCAGCCUUCCCCAGCUCCCAAUUUAUUUAUAGCCCCAGAACUCCAUCUAGUGGGACAGCCCUGCCUCUAAAAAAGCAGCGGAAAAGAGAAAAAGCAGGUAAAAGGAAAGUAAAAUAUCUCCGAUCCCUCCUCCUCUCUCUCAUCCCGGCUCUUGCCCUCAAUUUUUUUCGACUAGACCUAGACGGACAGAUCGAGAGCCCCACCCGAAUGGAGGCGUGCUCCUGCUCCUGCUCUCCUUCCAUCUUCUCCGUCCAUUCCAUGGAUCCCUCCCCUCUCUCCGCCCGCUGCCGCCCCCCCGGCCACAGCCCCUCCUUCACCCUCCACCGCGCCGCCCCGAUCUUUGUCCCCCCCGCCACCGCCCCGUCCAGGGCCUCACUCGAUUUUCGCGGCAGCACUGCCCUCCUCCCCCUCCGCCGCUCCCCCGCCGCCCUCCCCUCCUUUACCUCCCGGCGGCGCCCCAGGCGGCCCGUGUCGGCCGUCUUCGAGCGCUUCACGGAGAGGGCCAUCAAAGCCGUCGUCUUCUCGCAGAGGGAGGCCCGCGCCCUUGGGGGGGCAAUGGUCUUCACCCAGCACCUCCUCCUCGGCCUCGUUGCCGAGGACCGCUCUCCCGACGGCUUCCUCGGUUCCGGUAUCACCAUCGACCGCGCCAGAGAGGCCGUCCGGUCCAUCUGGACCGAGACGACCGGCGGCGGCGAUCCCUCCACCUCCCGGUCGGCCACUGACGUGCCCUUCUCCAUCAGCACCAAGCGCGUGUUCGAGGCUGCCGUCGAGUUCUCCAGAAACAUGGGCUGCAAUUUCAUCGCCCCCGAGCACAUCGCCAUUGGUCUCUUUACCGUUGACGAUGGCAGCGCCGGCCAGGUGCUCAAAAGCUUGGGAGCGGACCUCAACCACUUAGCAUCAGUGGCACUUUCUAGGCUUCAAGGGGAACUUGCUAAGGAUGGUAGAGAACCAUUGGCAUCAACUCAUAAAAUGAAGGAAAAAUCUCCUGCUGGAAAGGCUGCAGUUGUAAGGUCCUCUGACAAGAUGAAAGAUAAAAGUGUAUUAGAUCAAUUCUGUGUGGAUCUAACUGCUCGAGCAAGUGAAGGGCUUAUUGAUCCUGUAAUUGGACGAGAUAUAGAGGUUCAAAGAAUUGUUCAAAUCCUAUGCCGAAGAACAAAGAACAACCCGAUUCUUUUGGGUGAACCUGGUGUUGGGAAAACGGCAAUCGCUGAAGGAUUGGCUCUUCGCAUUGCCAAAGGAGAUAUCCCCAUUUUUCUUGUGGAAAAACGCAUAAUGUCACUUGAUGUUGGUUUAUUAAUGGCGGGUGCAAAGGAGAGGGGUGAAUUAGAAGCUCGAGUUACUAGUUUGAUAAGUGAAGUGCGGAAAGCAGGUGAUGUUAUUUUGUUUGUUGAUGAAGUUCAUACACUUAUUGGAUCUGGGAUAGUUGGGAGGGGAAACAAGGGGUCAGGUCUUGAUAUUGCUAACUUGUUGAAGCCUGCCCUUGGUAGAGGUGAAUUGCAGUGCAUUGCAUCUACGACUGUAGAUGAACAUAGGACACAUUUUGAGAAGGAUAAGGCUUUAGCUCGCCGUUUUCAGCCAGUGUUCAUAAAUGAACCUAGCCAGGAGGAUGCUGUGAAGAUAUUACUCGGUCUACGCAAGAGAUAUGAAAUUUUUCAUAAGUGCAGAUUCAGUUUGGAAGCCAUAAAUGCUGCAGUAUAUCUAUCAUCUAGAUAUAUUCCUGAUAGGUAUCUUCCUGAUAAAGCAAUAGAUCUGAUGGAUGAAGCUGGCAGCAGAGCUCGUAUGGAUGCAUUCAAAAAGAAGAAGGAAGAGCAAGUUUCUAUACUCUCAAAGUCAGCAGAUGAGUGCUGGCAAGAGAUAAGAGCUGUCCAAGCAAUGUAUGAAGUGGUAGCUGCAAAUAAGCUGAAAUAUUCUCUGGAUGAGAGCAGCAGCACAGAGGGUUGUGUUGAUGCUGAAGGAGCGGGUGAGAUCAGGAUGGUCUCAGAUUCAUCUCUCCCAUCAACAUUCGAUGAUGAACCGGCGGUUGUUGGACCAGAGGAAAUAGCCCAAGUUGCUUCCCUGUGGUCAGGAAUCCCAGUUCAGCAGCUCACUGCAGAUGAAAAAAAGCUUCUAAUCGGCUUAAAUGAGGAGCUUAGAAAACGUGUAAUUGGCCAAGAUGAUGCUGUCAUUGCCAUUUCUCGAGCUGUGAAGAGGUCACGUGUUGGCCUGAAAGAUCCUGAUAGACCCAUUGCUGCAAUGCUCUUCUGUGGCCCAACUGGAGUUGGUAAAACUGAGCUCACAAGAGCUUUAGCAGCAAGCUACUUUGGAUCGGAGACAGCUAUGCUGCGACUGGAUAUGAGUGAAUACAUGGAGAGGCACACUGUAAGCAAGCUAAUAGGAUCUCCUCCGGGGUACAUUGGUUAUGGAGAGGGUGGUACUCUGACUGAAGCAGUUAGGAGAAGACCUUUCACAGUGAUAUUGCUUGAUGAAAUAGAGAAAGCUCACCCUGAUAUAUUCAAUAUCCUCCUCCAAGUAUUUGAAGAUGGCCACCUCACGGAUUCUCAGGGGCGGAGGGUUUCAUUCAAAAAUGCAUUGAUUAUCAUGACGUCUAAUGUGGGGUCUACGGCAAUAUCGAAGGGUAGGCGGAGCAUUGGUUUUAUGAUUGCAGAAGACCAGGAGUCAAGCUCGUAUGCUGCAAUGAAAGCACUAGUAAUGGAGGAGUUAAAGGCAUAUUUCCGGCCUGAGUUACUUAAUAGAAUAGAUGAGGUGGUCGUAUUCCGUCCCCUCGAGAAAACUCAGAUGCUGGACAUUCUGAAUAUAAUGUUAGGAGAAGUGAAGGGCAGGCUCUUGUCCCUUGGGAUUGGUCUAGAAGUGUCUGAUGCAGUCAUGGAUUUGGUUUGCCAACGAGGGUAUGACAAAAGCUACGGCGCGCGGCCAUUGAGAAGAGCUGUGACCCGUUUCAUUGAAGAUGUCAUUAGUGAGGCGAUUCUGGCUGGAGAUUACAAGCCUGGUGACACCGUUGUGAUUGAUGUGGAUGCUUCUGGGAACCCUUUCGCGAGCCAGCUGCCCGAUCAGACAAUCCGCCUAUCUGAUGCAACAUCGACACUCUAAACUCCGUGUCAAUCUUUGUAGUUCUAUUCUUUCAUUUUGGUAAGGUUGGAAGCUUAUGCUGUAUAGAUGCCUUUUAAAAUACUGUAUAUAUUUUAUAUGAUUCAGUGAAUUCAAUUCUCAUUCAGUGAAA